AUGAUUGACAGCGACCGCCACAUCGAGGUCACCAGGUCAGGCAAUGCGUUCCUUUACACUACCGAGCAGAAUAUCCAGGCCCAGAAGUUCCUGAGGGAGCUGAAGCAGCUGCAGAGGCACCAGAAAGUGAUGAGCUUCUCGGAGCUGGUGCAAGGGUACAUGAAGAGCACGGGGGUCACGGAUGGCGACGAGGCCUCGCGGAACUGCGCCGCGCUUUCCACCGCGGGCCUGAUCUUGAAGCAUGGAGACCUGGUCUACCUUGAGCCUGGGGAGGUGGCGCUGGCGGUGCUGGGGGCGCUACCCCAGCAGCCGCAGCUCCUGCGUGCCAAGCUGGAGGAGACGCGGCGGGAGCUGGCGGUUCUGGAGGACCGGCGAAGGCAUAUCGAGCGGAGCGUGGCCAGGAAACAUCACCUGGCGAGGUGGGGAGGGCUGGCCUUCCUCACCCUCCCCUGGGCCAUCCUCUUCCGGCUGACAUACUGGGAGCUGUCCUGGGACGUGGUGGAACCCAUUGGCUUUUUCCUGACUGGGCUCACCACCAUCCUCUCAUACCUCUGGUACAUGCACCAUCGCGCCGAGUUCACGUGGAGCGAGAUGCACCAGCGCAUGAUCAGCGGCUGGGAGCAACAAGCCUUCAAACGUGCCAAUUUCGACGUCGCUCGAUAUGAGCAGCUGCGGCGAGCCGCAGAGCGCCAGGAACAGGCGCUGCGCCUAACCACGCCGACCCAACCCCUAUCACCCCAUGCUGAACCUCCCUGA